UUUGGAUCAUAAUUUUUUUUCUUAUAAUGGAGAUUAUAAGAAGCAGCUCUAUUUUUAUCAUUUUGCUCGUCUUUGUGUCAACUGCAAUUCAAUCAAAAGCAGAUUCUGUGUAUUGCAGUAAUCCAAGAAGCCGAUGCUAUGGAAAGUACAUAGAAUGUCCUUAUGAAUGUCCAAGCACUAGCAACGGCAAUUACAAAGCUAAAGUCUGUCAUGUUAACUGUGAUUCACCCGUCUGCAAAUCUUAUUGUAAACAUCGUAAACCAGACUGUAAUGGUCCCGGAUCGGCCUGUUACGAUCCUCGUUUCAUUGGUGGUGAUGGCAUUGUGUUUUAUUUCCAUGGAAAGAGCAAUGAGCAUUUCAGCUUGGUGUCCGAUACCAAUCUCCAAAUCAACGGUCGCUUCAUCGGUCAUCGUCCCGCUGGUCGAACCAGGGACUUCACUUGGAUUCAAGCGCUUGGGAUCUUAUUCAACUCUCAUUCUUUCUCCCUUGAAGCCAUCAAAGCUGCAACAUGGAACAAUGAAGUGGACCAUUUAAAGUUUAGUUACAAUGGGGAGGAUUUAAUUGUCCCAGAAGGGGCUUUGUCCAGUUGGUAUUCACCUGAAAAAGAUGUGAAGGUCGAAAGAGUUGCAAAUAAGAACAGUGUGAUUGUAACAUUGAAAGAUAGUGCAGAGAUAAUGGUGAAUGUGGUUCCUGUGACAAAAGAAGAUGAUAAAAUCCAUAACUACAAAGUACCAUCUGAUGAUUGCUUUGCUCACUUGGAAGUUCAGUUUAGGUUCUUUGCCCUUUCACCUAAGGUGGAUGGGGUGCUCGGCAGGACUUACCAGCCGGAUUUCCAGAACCCGGCAAAACCCGGUGUGGCAAUGCCUGUUGUUGGUGGUGAAGAUAAGUAUGGGACCACUGAACUUCUUUCUGCAAAUUGCUUAACUUGUUUAUACUCGCCGGAAAAUAGUUCGAACCAGGAGAUGACAUCUGUGACUGAAUAUCUAACUCUUGAUUGCACCCGUAGGGCUUUAGCUGGAUAUGGAAUUGUUUGCAAGAAAUAAUGGAAUAAUGGGUUUUAUUAGUUAAAAGAUUAGAAGCUUUUAUGGCUAUGGCUUCUGUCAAUAAUGUUAUGUAUUCGAAUACUAUAUAUAUACAUAUAAUGUAACUUUUAUGUUGUUUAUGUCUGCAUUGAUGGUUGUAUAAUGGAACAUAGUAAUUGUAAU